GUGAACCCAUUUGACUGGAUGAUUGAUGCUGCUCUGAAGUGUGCCUUGAAAAUGAGGAAACUUUGACCCGGAACUGCGAAAGCGCAGCUCCUUGCAGAUAUUAUAACGCCCGUUUUGGCAAUCUGCGCAGGUCUCGCAAGGUAUUCCUACUUCGAGCGCAACACGGUCCCCAACAGCGAGCGUCGGGUUAAGAUGAGCGACCCUGGAUCCCAGAGCGACGAUUUGCCCAGCCGAUUCAUGUCCUAAGCAAAGAGGCUCUUGGACCACAAAACUACCAUUGCGGUAGUGGUUAUAAUAAUGAAGGUCCGAUCCACACAGUGAUGUCGACCGAGGGACCACUUGAACUUCGUCAGAAGCAGGCUCUACCAGAGGCUUGCUUUCCAGACGAAAGUCGUGAGCCCCGUGUAAGUAUUGGCCAACGCUCUCUGUUCGGGGACUCAUGGCUGAAUUUGAAAAGUUCAAUGCCAUCAUCAUCGGCGCCGGCCCUGCCGGGAUCGCAAUGGCCUACAGACUGAAGCACGACCUUAACUUUGACGACUUCAUGAUCUAUGAAAAGUUGGAUGGCGUUGGAGGAACCUGGAGAGCAAACACCUAUCCUGGUUGUGGUUGCGAUCUCCCAUCUCAUCUAUACUCAUUCAGCUUCAACCUCAACCCUAACUGGUCCAAGGAGUUGUGCGAGCAACCUGAGAUCCUACAAUACAUGGAAGCUACGGUCGACAAAUUUGACAUCCGCAAGCAUGUCCAUCUCUCUAUCGAAUGCCUUGGCGCGAUAUGGCACAACGAUAAGACCAAAUGGGAGGUCAAUUUCAGGGAUCACCGUACCGGAAUCGAAUUCACGCGCUUUGCCUCCGUUUUCGUUUCGGCCGUCGGCGCCAUUUCUUUCCCCCGAGAUGUCAAGUUCCCUGGAAUGGAGAACUUCAAGGGCGCCAUGUUCCACACGGCACGAUGGGAUCACUCCGUUGAUUACAAAAACAAGCGUAUCGCCGUUAUUGGUAACGGCUGUAGUGCAGCACAGGUUGUCCCGGCAAUCUCGAAAGAGGCCCUCUCCGUGAAGCAGUUCGCCCGCAGUGGACAAUGGUUCCAUGCUCGUCCAAACAAGCCGUACAGCGAGCUCGACAAGUCUCUUUUCCGCUGGUUGCCUCUGCGACUUCGACUUCUUCGGUUGCGCAUCUUCCUCAACGCCGAUGAGGAGACGACGACCUAUUUUCCAACCCCGAAAGGUAUCAAAGUUCGCAAAGCCACCGAAGAGGAGUCCAAGAGAUACAUUCGUUCUAUUGCACCUGAAAAAUACUGGGACCACAUCAUCCCCAACUUUCCUCUCGGAUGCAAGCGCCGCAUCUUUGACCCAGGCUACCUUGAGUCCUUGAACCUCCGCAACGUAGAACUAAUCCCCGAAGGCAUCCAGGAAAUUACCGAGACUGGUAUUGUGAGCAGCUCGGGUCUUCAUAAUGACUUCGACAUCAUUGUCCUAGCUACCGGAUUCCAGGUUGCUCAAUUCUUGACCCCAAUGCAUAUCGUCGGCUCAAAUGGUAAAGCUCUACAAGAUCAAUGGAAUGAGUCGCGUGGUGCCCAGGCCUAUUUGGGUACACAUGUACACAACUUUCCCAACUUAGCUAUUCUUUUUGGGCCGAACACCUUCCCAGCCAACAACUCGGCCCUGUUCGCGUGCGAGACCCAGGUCGACUAUACCAUCAAGUCCCUCUUCAAGCCUCUUCUCGAUGGUCGAGCUACCAUCAUCGAGGUUAAGCAAGCCGCCGAAGACCGUACUACGAACGCCAUUCACAGGGAAUUGAACAAUACUGUUUUCGCCGGGGACUGCUCAAAUUGGUAUAUCGGUAACUUUGGGCGUAAUGCAGCCUCCUGGCCAGGCCUUGCACGGUCUUACUGGGCGGCAACCUACUUCCCAGACUGGUCUGCAUUUAAUAUGAGCGGUGGGUCUCUAUUGUGGCCUGUCUAUCGUGUGGCGCGUUGGCUUAGAACCAUUUCUCCACUUAUUUCUAUUGCGGGCGGCAAAUUCCUCUGGAUAAAGAGUUUGAAUUUCAUCAAAUGUUAG